GCUCUCCCCUCCAAUAAAAGGACCAGGAAGCGCCAGAGAGGCCAGAGGAACCUGAGCCGCGCACCCGCAGCCCUGGAAGAGGCCCGCUGGCUCAGGCUCUGCUCAGACCCACACGAUGUCCUGCCGCUCCUACCGGAUCAACUCGGGAUAUGGGGUCACCAGGACCUUCAGCUCCUGCUCGGCUGUGGCCCCCAAAACUGGCAGCCGCUGCUGCAUCACUGCCGCCCCUUAUAGGGGGGUGUCCUGCUACCGGGGGCUGACCGGGGGCUUCGGGAGCCGCAGCCUCUCUCACCUGGGCGCCUGUGGGCCCCGCAUGGCGGUGGGCGCCUUCCGCUCUGGCUCCGGCGGCCGCAGCUUCGGAUACCGCUCAGGAGGUGUGUGCGGGCCCAGCCCACCCUGCAUCACCACCGUGUCGGUCAAUGAGAGCCUCCUCACACCCCUCAACCUGGAGAUCGAUCCCGAUGCGCAGUGCGUGAAGCAUGAGGAGAAGGAGCAGAUCAAGUGUCUCAACAACAGGUUCGCUGCCUUCAUCGACAAGGUGCGCUUCUUGGAGCAGCAGAACAAGCUGUUGGAGACCAAGUGGCAGUACUACCAGAACCAGCGCUGCUGCGAGAGCAACCUGGAGCCGCUGUUCAAUGGCUACAUUGAGACGCUGAGGCGGGAGGCUGAGUGUGUGGAGGCCGACAGCGGGAGGCUGGCCUCAGAGCUGAACCACGUGCAGGAGGUGUUGGAGGGCUACAAGAAGAAGUAUGAAGAGGAGGUGGCUCUGAGAGCUACGGCAGAGAACGAGUUCGUGGUUCUAAAGAAGGACGUGGAUUGCGCAUACCUGCGGAAAUCAGACCUGGAGGCUAAUGUGGAGGCCCUGGUGGAGGAGUCCAGCUUCCUGAAGCGCCUCUAUGACGAGGAGCUCCAGAUUCUCCACGCCCACAUCUCAGACACCUCGGUCAUCGUCAAGAUGGACAACAGCCGGGACCUGAACAUGGACUGUGUCGUGGCUGAGAUCAAGGCCCAGUACGAUGAUGUCGCCAGCCGCAGCAGGGCCGAGGCCGAGUCCUGGUACCGCAGCAAGUGCGAGGAGAUGAAGGCCACAGUGAUCCGUCACGGGGAGACCCUGCGCCGCACCAAGGAGGAGAUCAAUGAGCUGAACCGCAUGGUCCAGAGGCUGACCGCCGAGAUUGAGAAUGCCAAGUGCCAGCGGGCCAAGCUGGAGGCUGCCGUGGCCGAGGCAGAGCAACAAGGCGAAGCGGCCAUCAGCGAUGCCCGCUGCAAGCUGGCCGAGCUGGAGGCCGCCCUGCAGAAGGCCAAGCAGGACAUGGCCUGUCUGCUCAAGGAGUACCAGGAGGUGAUGAACUCCAAGCUGGGCCUGGACAUCGAGAUCGCCACCUACAGGCGCCUGCUGGAGGGCGAGGAGCACAGGCUGUGUGAAGGCGUGGGCGCCGUGAAUGUGUGUGUCAGCAGCUCCCGCGGCGGAGUCACCUGCGGGGGCCUCACGUGUAGCACCACCCCGGGGCGCCAGAUUGUCUCGGGCCCCAUGGCCACCGGGGGCAGCAUCACGGUGAUGGCGCCUGACUCCUGCGCCCCCUGCCAGCCGCGCCCCUCCAGCUUCAGUUGCGGGAGCAGCCGGUCUGUCCGCUUUGCAUAG